AUGCUAUCAACUGCUACCGACGUUGGCUCGGCGCCAAAACGCAAGAUCGCAAACACGUACGGGAAGAACCGAAAUCGAAAUGCGGUACCAGGAACUUCAGAGGGUGCUUCAUCUACCAAGCCCACCUCAUCCAAACCAACGUCGCUGUCGAGACCAAAGCUAAAGGGCGAAAAUGCGUCGGCGCGCACUUCCACCACUGUCCCAUCGCCAGACGAUGAGGAGGGGGAUCCAUAUGACUUCCCAGAUGAUGCCGCCGCUCCCGUUGUGAAGAAACAUUCUAGCUACCGCUCUGUCGCAAAACCCGCGCAAUCGGCCGCCACCACUUCCGGCUCUUCUCUUGACCCUCGCACCACCAUGAAAAGGAAACCAACACACCCUCCAAGUGCUAGGUUACCCAAGAAGCAGAGAUCUUCGAGCCCUGAGGUGCUGUCAGAGUCAAGUCACUCGCCAAAACCAUCAGUCGCCGAUCGUCAACCACAACUAAGUUCUAAGCUGAUAAAGGGGAGUGCCCGCUCCCUACAGUCAGAUACUGCCGCUAGGUCUUCGUCGAGCAGCUCAACCACGGAAGGUGGGAAGCAACGGUCCAUCCCAAUCCGCCCAACACGAACAUUGGAGAAACCGGUGCUUAAAACUCAGAAGAACCCUCCGGUAGAUUUUCAUCUUUUGGAUGCAAUUGGCCCCACGACUGAAGCGACAAUAGGAGAACGUACAACACAGAGACGAAGUCCGGAAAAGCAACCAAGACCUAUGCUCAAGAAAGACACCGUGUCUUACAGCAGUGCGUCACAUGCAGGUACUGCCAAGUUGCAGAGACCAACGCAGUCUGUAACUAGGAAGAACGUCUCCUCCCCUGAUAUCAGCACAACAACGACACCUCCCGCCAAACGCAGACCGCGGCUUAUUGACACGCUCAAAGCUCAGGCUGAGAACAACUCGUCUUCAUCUUCGGACGAGGAUGAAAACGGGUUCCGGGAAACUCCUCGGAGUCGGAGCAGGGAGCACGUCCAUGAUUUCAAAGCUUCGCAGACGUCAAGCCCUCAACCCUCACAGCAUUCGGAAACACCAAGAGCACGAACAUUAACACGACACGGCUCAAUGCCAAAGAAGCCGGGCCUCAAGUAUACCUACAGUCAGCAGCGGACCAUGCUUGCCGACGACUCUAUGCUGGAUGGUCUUGACCCCCUCAAGGCCGAGGAGUUGGCAUUCUCACAGCCUCUUUUAGCACCAAGCGAGCCACAAGCGAGCGCCUACGACUUCGACGAUGGCCUGGUAGAAGAUGCGGCUGCUUCAGGGGCUGUGCGAGGUAUUCAUGAGUUACGAAGGGCAGGGGCGAACAACAGAACGACAGACGAAAUGAACGACAUAUUAGAUAGGAUUGGAGUGCCUAGCGCAAAGGCUUCCUCGGUACGAAGAAGCGCGCUGCUUGAGAUGGCUACCCAGGUUCAAGAUAAGACAUUCCGUCGGCAGUUCCUCAUCCACGACAAUGGUACGACGAGUCUCCUCAAAGGUAUCGGCACUGAGACGGACCCAAUCGCUGCAUACCUGAUUACUGCCAUCCUCACAACACUAUUGGCAACUGCAACCUCCUCUCAUCUCAGCCGCCAGCUGCAGCUUGAAGACCUGGCUAAAGUCAUGGGGCUUUUACUUAUCUAUGAAAAUGAUAUUGCUGUAUUAGCAAAAGACCGCAAAAGCAAUCUCUCAAAGUUCACACAAAACACGCUUAUGCGCGUCAAGGACUCUUUGUUACAGAUGAAAAUAUGGGAGCCAUCAACGUCGCUUUCUCAACUGUCACCUCGGACGCUCGCAUUGAUGUGUAUGCAUCAAAUUCAACAACAGACGCCGGUGGAAGAGCUAUUGACUGCAGAUCUCACCGCCCAACUCUUUGAGAUCCUGGCAGCGCCUGCCGAGCGCCGCGAGGCGCUCAGUUGGCAUUCGCCUGGACAAGCUGAGCCUAUGGAUAUGUUUCUCGUCCUUUCCAUAUUAGUGGCAUAUUCGCCCGAAGUUAUGCAAUCGGAGGCCGCCGGGGUCUGGAACAUGAAGCACUUGCCCACAAUUGCCAGCGUCUUGGAAACGUCGCUGUCCCAGAGGAUAGAUCAACUGGGAGAUCUCGAGAUCCUUAUUCUUCAGUUGACACUAAACACUUCUAAUGGCAACCAGGCAGGCCAGACCAUAUUGCUGGAGAAGGGACUUCUUCGCAACUUGGCGCAGGCGGCACAUACAAUGUUCGACUCGGUCUUGCAAUCGAUAACAAACAACACUUUUGCCAAACCCGUUAUCGACACUCUGACUAUUCUUUUGGGACUUAUGAUCAACUUGUCGGAGCACUAUGAGCUUGCUGGUACUACAUUGAAAGAUUUUGAGCCGUUUGACCAACUUGUCAGCUUCUUCCACGGCUACAGUUCGAGAACGCAAGAGGCAAAAGAGAAGGCUUCGCUCAACGUUGCCUUUGGAUAUCUCGCUGUUUUGCUAGGCUGUCUAUGCCGACACAGGCCUACACGGAAGCGGUUCGAGGCGCUAAAUUUGAGCAAGACUAUCAGACCUUUGAUUAGCGCGAUACAGGAAUUUGCUAAACAUCUCGAGACUACACAUGCGAAAUUUGGCGUCGAGGGAGACCCUAACGCACUCUCUCAGAUUGAGCGCCUGCGCAUUCUCAUUGAUGAAUUGGAGGGCAUCUAG